UUGACGCAUCUGUUGGACACGGUUGGGCAGUGUAGGCUAGUUUGUCUGAGUGUAAACUUCAAACAAUUCUCUAUUUGAGAACUUUAAAUGUAACUAAUUUAUUAAAGAAAAUUAUCAGGAAUAUGUCCUAGACCUAGACUAUUAAUCUAAUCAUCUUCCUAAUUCGUCGCCUACUUAUUAGCUACAUUAUUCAGAAUGCAUAAUAAAAAACUAACCAGGGCUGGAGUAGACUCACAAAUGUGUGAAAGACUGAAGCACCAUCACGUCGAAACAUGCGAGGACUUGCUAUCUCUCACCCCCCUGGAGGUCAUGCGCUUGGCGGGGCAAAGCCAUUGUCAUUCAUUGCAACUGUUGAGAACUGUCAGCGUGGCCUGCGCCCCGAAGAUUAUUACGAAGUCUUGCUCUGGGAGUGUGCAGGAAGAGCCUUACAGUAUCUGAUGGUGUCUAUUGGUCCCAAGGCCCAGCAGUUGUGGCUCCAAAGGGAGGACCUGUGUUUCUCUACAUCACUUCAGGAACUGGACAGGCUGCUCCAUGGCGGCCUCCCCCGAGCAACCAUCACUGAGGUGGCGGGUCCCUCGGGCUGUGGAAAGAGCCAGCUGUGUAUGAUGCUGAGUGUGUUGGCCACUCUGCCACGCAGCAUGGGUGGCCUGGAUAGCAGCGUCAUCUACAUCGAUACUGAGUCUGCGUUCAGUGCUGAGAGGCUGCUGGAGAUUGCUCAGAGUCGCUUCCCGGACUACUUCUCUGUGCCGGAGCGGCUUUUGCAGACAGCUGGGCGCGUUCACCUGUUCAAAGAGCUCACCUGCCAGGAGGUGCUGAUCAGGCUGGACCAUCUGGAGGAGGACAUCAUAUCCUGUCACGCCGGCCUGGUCAUCCUCGACUCUGUCGCUUCUGUUGUGCGGAAGGAGUUUGACACGUCGUUGUCUGGCAAUCUCACACACCGUAGCAACCUGCUUGGACGAGAGGCUGCCACCCUCAAGUACCUGGCCCAGGAGUUCCGCAUACCUGUGGUGGUAACCAAUCAAAUCACGACGCAAUUGAGCGAGAGAGCGUCAUCGUCGCUGUCACGCCGCAGGAGCAGUUCUGAAGCUCCUGGUGGGGAAGGUCACGUGGGUUCAGGCUAUGUGACCGCUGCCCUGGGGAACACCUGGAGUCACAACGUUAACACACGUCUCAUAGUCCAGUACGUGGACAGCCAUCUAAGACAGAUUGUCAUCGCCAAGUCUCCUGUGGCCCCGUUUGCAGUGCUAAACUACACCGUUCAGAAGGAGGGCCUUCGUCUGGAGGGAAAUGCAAGUGAGGAAAUGAUAUCAGCGCAAGGAACUGACCCAGGGCUGCAGCCGAUCCGCGUGAGGACUGGUUUCGACUACAGACUGACAGGAGCCAUGGCGAUGACCCCCUUGACCCCCUCCACCACCAGUACUGGCGGCGGCAGGUGUGAUAAUACAGGUGUUUGAGGUGACCAGGGGCUCAGGCUCACCUGCAGACCCAGCCGAUUGGUCAGCCAGGGCUGGGUUGUGGCCUGAACUUUGGCCAUUGGUGACUCGGGAGAUAAAACCUCGGCAGAGGUCAGGGGGGAAACCAGGAACACUGAUUCCAGACUGUUUGGAUAUGUUCGCUUAUCUAAUAUGAAAGCAGAAAAAGGUUAAGGGGUUAAGUCUCAAAGAAGUGCAUGAUCCUUAGUAUGGAUAUUAAAGAGGUUUAGUAUGUAAUGCAUCUGAGUCCAGGUAAUGGAAUGUUAUCAUGAUGUUUACAUGUUUACAGUUAUGAUAUGUAGAAACGGAUAGAUGGGUAAUAUAGGGGGAUGGUAUAAGGAUUUAUAGUGUGUUUAAUAAAG